AUGGAUUCGCAGCCGUUGUUAUUACGCCGUACCAGCAGAUCUUCUCGGUUCGAGAACGCUUCUCUUAUGGAUUCUGUGAAACGGGAUUGCAAACAUAUGCUGCUAGCUUCGCCAGUCAAUGUGUUAUUGGUGUUCGUUCCCCUCGGUUUGAUCUGGGGCUAUGCGGACUUAUCGCAUACCUGGGUGUUUACCUUCAAUUUCUUGGCCAUUGUGCCUUUGGCAGCCAUCUUGGCGAAUGCUACCGAGGAGUUGGCAGAAAAAGCCGGAAGCACGAUUGGUGGGUUGUUGAACGCUACGUUUGGUAACGCUGUCGAGCUGAUUGUGUCGAUUAUCGCUUUGAAAGAAGGCCAAAUUAGAAUCGUCCAGGCGUCGAUGCUUGGAAGUUUGUUGUCUAACUUACUACUGGUUUUGGGAUUCUGCUUCGUCUUUGGAGGCUACAACAGGGUGCAGCAGUCGUUCAACCAGACUGCGGCCCAAACCAUGUCUUCGCUCUUGGCCAUUUCAAGCGCUUCCUUGCUGAUCCCAGCCGCGUUCAGAGCUACGAUUCCACACAGCGCCAAGGGCGACGGAGUCAUCCAAGAGAAAAUCUUGUCGCUCUCGCGCGGCACUGCAAUCAUCUUGCUGAUCGUUUAUGUGUUAUUUCUGGUGUUUCAGUUGGGUAGCCACCGUGAGAUUUUCGAACAGCAGGAAGAGCAGACCGAAGAGGUACUGAGCCAAUACUCGAACGAGCUCGGUAGCCACUCCCUGAGCGCCAAGUCGGCCCUGGCGUUUCUAGUGGUCUCCACUGUGGUCGUUUCUAUCUGUGCCGACUUCCUGGUCGGCACCAUCGACAACGUCGUCGAGUCUACUGGGCUGUCCAAGACAUUCAUCGGUUUGAUUAUCAUCCCGAUCGUCGGUAACGCGGCCGAGCACGUCACUUCCGUCCUGGUCGCCAUGAAGAACAAGAUGGAUCUCGCAUUGAGCGUCGCCAUCGGCUCGUCUCUACAAAUCGCCCUGCUGGUCACGCCCGUCAUGGUCCUAGUCGGCUGGAUGAUCGACGUUCCAAUGACCUUGAACUUUUCCACCUUCGAAACCGCCACUUUAUUCAUCUCGAUAUUCCUGUCCAACUACUUGAUCCUCGACGGUGAAUCAAACUGGCUAGAGGGCGUCAUGUCUCUCGCAAUGUAUCUUCUGAUCGCCAUUGCCUUUUACUACUAUCCUGACGAGCAAGCUAUGCUAUAA